CAGUUCCACACUGCACGAUUUACCUGUUCUCUUUUUAUUCUACUUUAUUUUAUCACCUGCUCAUAUUUUUUUUUUCUUCAACAAUUUGAAAAUAGUAUUAAAACAACAUUGCAGUUUCUCCAUCGCUUGUUACUGUUUCCUUUUCAAGAGCCUGGAUUUAUCCAGACCCCCGAUCUUGGUGUGAUUGAUGGUCUCUCUGUCUCUUUCGAGAGAGUUAGGAGAGAGGUUCCUGCGAAGUGUUCUCUCCUCUUUUUCGAGCUUUUGGAUUUUCUUGUGAAGUGUUCUUCGUAAAGAUUCCUUGAAGCAAGAGGAGCUGAACCGACUUGCAGAGCAACGGAUUUCUCUUGAAUCUCUCUUGAAUAUCCGGUUCCUUGCCUAGGCCUAAAGCGAAAGCGAUACUCCUACUGAGACUAGAGAAGAAAAGUUUUUUUCACUGCGAAAAGCGUCUUCCUCGUGGAAUCUCGUAAAGAUUUUCUAUCAAAGUAGAUUCUACUGUAUCAUCAGCCGUGCUUCUCUCCGAUUUCCAAGUAGUUUUUCUGCUUUUAUGUUUCCUUUCUAUACAUUUUUAUAUCAAGUGCAUUACUGAGGUGGCUCGUCUCUGGUUUCCGGUACUAUAGCUAGUGCAAAGGCAGAGAAAUCUGGUGGCUCUAGAAUCAUAUUGAGGGAUUCACAAGGCAUAUAUUAAGAAAACCUCUGAACUUGGGAAAUCCAUUACAAACGAUUUGCAAUGGAAUUCUUCUCAUUUUCAUCCGCGCUUACCUGUUUUGUCGUUCUAACUUCUCUUCUUUCUGAAUCCACCGCUGUAACCCCGUCGGAUUCCCAGCAACCUCUGAAACCCGGUGACUUCUCCACAACAAACACUGUUCCCGCCUUUCCCGUCCAAACACAAGCGCAGAUAUGCCAUCUUGACCUCUCUGACGAGCUCUUCGGCGGUGUCAGUGAAGCAUGCGGUCACAACCUUGACCGUAGCCGCUGUUGUCCGGUUCUCGCAGCUUGGCUCUUCGCAGCGCAUGCUAGGUCAGCACUUCAGGUUUCGGCGGCCGCGCCGACUUCAUCAGAUGGUCCAAUGAUGCCCGACGAUUCACAGAAGUGCGUUAACUCACUCCAGAGCUCUUUCCAGAAUCGUAACAUUCACAUUCCUCAGCCGAAUUCAACGUGCGACGCGAUUCUUUGUUUCUGUGGAAUUCGGCUCCAUCAGAUCAGCUCACUGAGCUGCCCCGCCGCGUUUAACGUUACUUCCUACCGGAACGCGACACCGACGGCUGCCGUAAAGAAUUUGGAACAGAAUUGCCGGAAUUCGUCAUAUGCCGGCUGCACUAAGUGCCUCGGCGCCCUCGAAAAGCUCAAGGGAGAUGGGAAGAACGGAACGGGAGAAAACAGCGACCGAGUGAGCAAGAUGCUCGGUAGGGAUUGCCAACUGAUGGGGCUGACGUGGCUACUGGCGAGGAACAAAACGGCGUAUAUCCCAACGGUGUCAGCGGUGCUACGUGCGAUCCUGUACAGUGCGCACCCUCCACACCAGUCAACGUGCAGUCCAGAUCAGGAGAACAUGCCGUUGGCCGUUGAUUCCCUCCAGUUCGGGAGACUGGAUUCUUCUCCGGCUACUGCUGUUGUUCUUGAUCGUCAUAUCGUACGGUUACCGGCUCUGUCUCUCGUAGCCCUGGCGGUCAGUUCCUUGGCGUUGGCCUUCGUCGUGUAAAAAUCAGCAUUCUCUUUCUCUCUGCAAAUUCUGUCGGUCACGUGAAGCUACAAGACAACCGGGGACAUGGUAAUGGGGGCCCUUUUCGUCUUUUUGCUACCCACUGUAUAUUACAGGCAGCUCGUUUUCAGAUCUAUUUUUGACAUCUAGCGUGUGUGUGAGUCAUCAGUCACCCGGUCUGUCAUUUUAGCUUUAUCUUUCUUAUCUUACUGUUCAACACUAUAAAAGAAAAGAAAAAAGGUACUGCUUAUAGGCUUUGUAUAUCUCUCUAUCUAUGACCUUUUGCACAGUGCAGCGACUUGACAGUGUUAUUCAGCUUCUCGUCCA